AUGAAUCGAAUUGACAAAGAAAAAGGAAACUUGGCUACUUCGACAAGACCAAGUAUUGCCAGAAGAAUUCUUCGCGAGUCCAUAAGAAUAUCUACAGAGCGAAAUUUACUAUUAGCCCCUAGGCAAGCGUGCUCCUCUAGUCAAGAGACUAGCCGCCGUGAGACAUCUCAAGAAAACAAAAAAAUUAACAUUUUCUACGAAGAAACACCGAAGAAACCCAUUGAUCAUCACAAGUCUUCAAAGCAACACCGCCAACCGUUAUCAAACUUAUCUCAGAAUAUUUCUUACAACUACAAUGAAUCAAACACCCCCAAAUAUUAUGGAAAAUUCGUCAACGUGAAGGUUGGCUCUAAGAUCAAGCGCCAAUGCGGAGUAUGCAUGGCUACUUACACCGACCUAAAAGGCUUCAAUAGACAUUUCCAAUCGGUUCAUUUGAAAGAACGACAUCAAUGUGGCAAGUGCUACCAGAUUUUCGUUGAUCCUCAUAGUCUAGAAAGCCAUCUAAUGCGGAACAGAACCCAUUAUGCACGGGGUUCACAUUAA